GGCGGGGCGGAGGCUGGGAGUGACGUCAGUAGGAGCCGAGUCCGGCGGAGACAGUGAGGGAGCGGAGCUGCGGGGAGACACCGGGGAGGCAGCGGGGGAGCGCUGAGCGGCGGGAAGAUGAUGACGGACGCAAGUGAAAUGUUGGCCGCCGCCUUGGAGCAAAUGGACGGCAUCAUUGCCGGCUCCAAGGCCCUGGAGUACUCGAAUGGGAUAUUCGAUUGCCAGUCGCCCACCUCGCCCUUCAUGGGCAGCCUGCGGGUGCUGCAGCUCAUCGAGGAUCUGCGGGGCAUGUUGGAAAUGAUGGAGACGGACGAGCGGGACGGGCUGCGCUGCCAAGUGCCCGACUCCACCGCUGAGGCCCUGGUGGAUUGGCUGCAGAGCCAGAUGGUAAAUGGGCACAUUUCGGGCAACGCCACGAUUUACCAGGAGAGGUUGGCCCGGCUGGAGAACGAUAAGGAGUCGCUCGUCCUGCAGGUGAGCGUUCUAACGGACCAGGUGGAGGCCCAGGGGGAGAAGAUCCGGGAUCUGGAGUUCUGUCUGGAGGAGCACAGGGAGAAGCUGAACGACACAGAGGAGAUGCUCCAGCAGGAACUGGUGAGUCGGACGGAUCUGGAAAGCCAGAAACUCGACCUGAUGGGCGAAAUCUCCAACCUGAAGCUGAAGUUGGCGACUGUGGAGAACGACCGCAAGGAGUUCGAGGAGAGGUACAAAGAUACAGAGUCCCUGCACCGGGUCAUAGCGGAUCUCAGGCAACAGAUGGAGAAGGUAGAGGUGGAACUUGCUCUGUUCCAGGACAAGAGGUUACAGUACGGAGAUCAGGAGGGGUUGGUGCAGGAGAUGAAUGAGCUGCGGCUGCGCGUCUCGGAGAUGGAGAAUGAGAGGUCCCAGUAUGAGAAGAAGCUGAAAUCCACUAAGCCCCUAAUGGCCAAGCUCUCUAGCAUGAAAAUCAAGGUGGGGCAGAUGCAGUACGAGAAGCAGCGCACGGAGCACAAGUGCCAGACCCUCAAGGAUGAACUGGCGCUGCUGAAGGAUGAACUGGAACAGAGGGAGGUCAAUAUCAACACACUGAAGGAGAAAGCAGAGCGCCCCCUGGAGGCGGCCGACUUGGGCACGGGGGCUGAGAAAGAUGUCGAGGUGCAGAAGAUGAAGAAGGCAAUGGAGUCGCUACAGGCUGCCAACGAGGAGAAGGAGCAGAAGAUAGAGGAGCUCAGGCAGUCUCUGAACCGGUACAAGAAGGUGCAGGACAUGGUGGUUAUGGCGCAAGGUAAAAAAGGCAAAGACGUGGAAAGUGACGACUCGGUGAUAUCCGGCUCCAAUUCGCUGGUGUUCGAUGGCAUCGCGCUGAGUGACGCGGACAAGUCUCCCUCCCCUCUCCCCAUAUCGACCACCCCCAGCCCUGAGGAACUCCCCGCGGCUCAGGAGCAGCCCAAGGUGGAGUUGCACACGAGUAUCCUGCAGGUCUCCAUCCCCUCCUUCUCCUCGCUCCGGCCCUUCCAGCGGCAGAAUGAAGAGUCAGCUCCUUCGCCCAACAUGGACGCCUCUCCCCUUGACGUUGGGGACGGCCAGGCCAGCAGCCCUUCCGCCGAAGCCACGCCCCCACAGACCCCGGGAUCGCCAGUCUCAAACUCCAGCAGCUUGGAUAACCUGAAGAAGGAACCUACAGAACUGAGAACGGCCUCCCCGGAACCGGGCAAGUUUGAGACCCUCCCCCCGCGGCCCCCCGGCCAAGGAGCGGCCACCGACGACGAGAGUUUCGGCACCCGUAAGGCCCGGUCGUCCUUUGGCCGAGGGUUCUUUAAGAUGAAGAAUACCAAGAAGACCUCGAGCACCCCCAAUCUAGACCGCAGCCGGAGUGCGAGCGCCCCCGCCCUAGACACGGAGAAGGGAUCCACUGAUCACCUGGAUCUGGCGCUCUCUUCCCCCAACUCCAUGGAUGGAGGCAGCACCCACAGCUCCCCCUCCUCCCCCGACUACAAGAAGAAACCGCGAGGGAUACGGAAACUGUUUGGGAAGCUGAAGAGAAGUCAGUCCACGACACUGAACCAGGAGGAGGACCUUCCAGAGGAAGAAUUUAAGAGGGGAGGAACGAGAUCCACUGCUGGGCCGAGACUUGGCUGGUCCCGUGAUCUGGGGCAGGUUAAUAGUGAGCUGGACACGCCGUUUGCCAAGUGGACGAAGGAACAAGUGUGCCUGUGGCUGCGGGAGCAGGGGUUGGGCGGGUACGUCGGUAGCGGGAAGCAGUGGAUCGUAUCGGGACAGACUUUACUUCACGCCUCUCAGCAGGACCUGGAGAAGGAACUGGGGAUCAAACACCCGUUGCACAGGAAGAAGCUCCAGUUGGCUCUGCAGUCGCUCGGGUCGGAGGAUGAAAGCAACUACGGCAAAUUGGACUACAGAUGGGUCACCAGGUGGCUGGACGAUAUCGGGCUCCCCCAGUACAAGACCCAGUUUGACGACGCCAAGAUCGAUGGGAGGAUGCUGCACUAUUUGGCCGUGGAUGAUCUGCUCUCCCUGAAAGUGGUCAGUGUCCUGCACCAUCUCAGCAUCAAGAGAGCCAUUCAGGUUCUGCGCAUCAACGACUUCGAAGCCAACUGUCUGCGCCGACGCCCCUCGGAUGAGAGUAACAUCAGCCCCUCGGAGGUGGCGCAGUGGACCAACCACAGGGUGAUGGAGUGGCUGCGCUCGGUGGAUCUGGCCGAAUACGCCCCCAAUUUGCGGGGGAGCGGCGUGCACGGCGGCCUGAUGGUUCUUGAGCCUCGAUUUAAUGUGGAGACAAUGGCCCAGUUACUUAAUAUCCCUAGCAACAAGACCCUCCUGCGCCGGCACCUAGCAACCCACUUCAACCUCCUCAUUGGCCAACGGGCCCAGAUACAGAAACAGGAAGCCCUGGCGUCCCCGGAAUAUGUGCUCCUGACUGCCACAGCCAAAGUAAAGCCCAAGAAGCUGACAUUCAGUACCUUUGGGACCCUGCGGAAGAGGAAGCAGGAGGAGGCGGAGGAGUACGUGUGCCCGAUGGAGUUGGGUCAGACCUCGGGAGACAGUAUAAUCAAACCCCUGCGGCCGGGGCUGGACCUGCGCAUGUUAAACGAUGAGGAUUUGGACCGACUGGAGCAGAUGGAGGAUUCGGAGGGGACAGUGAGGCAAAUCGGGGCGUUCUCUGAAGGAAUAAACAACCUGACACACAUGCUGAAGGAGGACGACAUGUUCAAGGAUUACGCCGCCCGGUCGCCGAGCGCCAGCGGGACAGACGAGGAUUCCAACGUGUGAUGCCCCGCCCCCCGCGCCCCUCGUACCCUCCCACCUCCGGGUGUUAAUGGGUUCGAGUAGGAGAGGAUGUGCCUUUUGGUUCAGUUGCAAUAAAGUAGAAUCUGGGGGCCA